AUGACUGUGAAGGUGGUUUUCCUGCUGGCUGGGGAAAACCACAAACGUGGCAGAGGGUCGUACCCUGACCGAGCUGACUUGUCCCUGCCCCUGCCCGCAGUGUACUCCCUGGACGGGCUGCUGGUCUUCGGGCUGCUCCUCGUCUGCACCUGCGCCUACCUGCGGAAGGUGCCGCGCCUCAAGGCCUGGCUGCUGUCCGAGAAGAAGGGUGUCUGGGGCGUCUUCUACAAAGCUGCCGUCAUUGGAACCAGACUUCAUGCUGCGGUGGCUAUAUCCUGCAUCUUGAUGGCUUUUUAUGUUCUGUUCAUAAAAUGAAUGCUGAGGCUUCAGAUGCACAAGCCUGUUUGGGAGAAACUGCUGAAAAGGAGGGUUUACUUGAAGGGGGAGAGCAAUUACUCAUCUCGGGAGAGGAAUGGACGGAGCGCUGUGUGACGAUCCAAGAGGGACUCUCCGCAUACUGGGCUUCUUCCAAAUCAAGAGUGUGACACUGCGUCCGUGACCACCCCAAGUCUUCUGUGCUCUUAGCAACAUUGGAACAUACUCUUUUAUCUUCUUAUCCCUUUCUGAAGUUAUAGACAUACAUUAUUUAGAUCUCUGCCAAUAUAGAAAUCAAACUCUGUUGGCUGUAACAUUACACACAGUCUGCUCAAGGGAAACCUCUCGUGUAUUAGUUUCUUUGGGUCUAAUUGAUGAAUGAGCUCUCAAAGUUUGGCAGGCUGUGGAUGGGAAAUGAGUUGUAUUUAAGCUGUUUUCAAGGGGAUUCCUUGAGGGUAAUAAAAAAAACUGGGGAGGGAGGAGUUGAGGUAUUCAAGUCUAACAUAUGAGUUGUGCAUGUUUGAGGGGCCAAAGACAUGGUAUAUUAAACACACAAGCUGAAACUUCAGUGGGCAGUAAAGUGAAAUCUGAGGUGGCCCUGAAGAAGACCUUCAUGCAAGACAGCUUUUGGAGAACUGGAGUGCCAUUCUCAGCAGAUUAGUGGAUCAGCGAUAGCAGUAUACGAGUCCGUGGUGCAAGCCUAGAAAUUUAUAUCCUGUAAAUGGGACUGAAGUAUAGCAGAACUGCUAUCUGGGACUCUGAAAUAGUCCACAAAUCAUCCUCACUCUUGAAUAGUAGAAUGGAUGAAAGUGCUUUGAAACUGUACAUGGGAUGUUAGUUCAUACUAAUGUGAGGGGAUGGGGUAGGGAAUCCUUAUCUAACUUAGCAGAUAUGAUCUUAAAGGGUAGCUAAAACCUAACUUGUUUGUUUGAAAAGUGUAAAGAUUGUUGAAGAUAAGUCUCCUAUUCUCAUUUUAUUUUGUAUUGCCAUCUCUAGUGGCCCUGUCCUCUCAUCUGGUUUUCUGCAAUAUCCAGAUUGACACGUAGGACUCAAUCCCCUGCAGCAGUUCUAGUGAAAUUACACACUUGGCUACUUUUUGUAGCUUUAAUUUUUUUAAAAAAAUUCUGUUUAUAAAAUUCUAAUUUAAAACUUGCAAAUAAAAUGUUUUCCCUA